AUGACCGCAGCGCGGGAAUCUGGCAUCAAACGCUUCUCUGACUCUCGAUCCCAAGUGCACGCUCUAGAUCUGAGUCACCACCUUUCCACCAGACCACGCAAGCCUCGAGCUCUGUUUCGCCGUCUCAAGAUCCCCGACAACCCAAAUGACCCUCCCGAAUUUUCUGCCGAAUAUCUUGCAUUGCUUGCAGUCCAGGCUGAGCUCGAGCCGAACGAAUCAUCCGGCACGAAGGAUAAUGUUCUCGAGGUGUCGGCAGACUUUAUCAUUAAUCUCAUUGAGGCUCGAUGGAAGGCAGAGAAAGAACGGUGUGAUGCAGAAUGUAAGGCUCAGUUGCUCGAGAUGAAAAAUUUACCUUGA